GACUGUGGAAGAUCAUCAGCAGCAGCCCCCCAGCUCUGAUCUCCUUUAUUGAUCAUCUCUGAUCUCCUUUAUUGAUCAUCUCUGAUCUCCUUUAUUGAUCAGCCCCGAUCACCUUUAAUGAUCAUCCCUGAUCUCCUUUAUUGAUCAUCCCUGAUCACCUUUAAUGAUCAUCCCUGAUCACCUUUAAUGAUCAUCCCUGAUCACCUUUAACGAGCAGGGCUUCAUUAAAGAUGCUAAAGUGAUUGUACGUGAUUGCGAGGGGGUUGGGGCGCUGACUGAGUCCCGUGUGCCUCCUGCAGAGCUGGGGUAUGAGAAAGUAUUUCUGCCUGUGAUAUCUUUAAAGCCUCAGACGCUGCUGACAGGAUGGAAGAAUGACAGCAGUGUAGAGAAGGAAACAGGAAGUAAGCAGAACAGGAGGGGGAAGGGUGCUCAGUACCAUAAAGGAGCAAAACAAAGUGAAGUGGAAGAUUUCUGUGAGGCGUUGAAGGCUGCAGGUUCAUCAUGAAUCCCCCGACUCACCGUCAGUGUAACAUCGAGAUCCAGAACAAGAGCACUAUGUUCACCCUGUGUAACCCACGCAUGCACAUUGUCAGCGGCUCCUGCAGCUCCCCUCUGCCUCCCACACUCAGCCCCUAUGAGAAUGGCAACGCCCUCUUCAUCAAGAAGCCUCACACAGCGUGCGGCGCCGUGGCCGUCUUCACCUACGAGCUACAGCACGUGUCUACCCUGCAAUUCAGUGGCAGAGUAGCUGUGAUGUUCUCGGUGCCGUACGACUUCAAUUUUUACUCCAACUGGUACGCGGUGGGGGUUUUCGACAUGGGCAAAGCCUGCGACCAACACCUGUUCGACGAGAUGUAUAACAAGUCGGAGCAAAGGUUUGUCAGGGGCAAAGCGAAGGGGCCGAGUCUGGCCUACAGGGGGUCCUACGUGAGCAUCAGGGCCACCAUGUCAGACAGCUACCAACCUGUCCUCAAGGUCGCAAUCUGCAACAACUGAGGCCGACUGCACCUAUUAAUGCAGGAGACCAGCAGCCUGAAAGACAGCUCUUCCAUUUAUUAAUCCGCUCUUUGGUUUCUCAAUCAGUUCAUUAAAGAUAGAAAUAUGAAAAGAUAACGACUCAAAACUUUCCCAAACUCAAAAAGCUGAUCACAGAUCAAAUCAUCUGAUCACAGAUUAAUCAGAUGGUUUCUUCUGUCAAACAUAUCCAAAGUGAACAAAGAUGAUUCAUUUCAAUUCAAUUUUAUUUAUAUAGCGCCAAAUCACAACAAACUGUCGCCUCAAGGCAUUUUGUAUUGUUGGUAAAGACCCUACAAUAAUACAGAGAAAACCCAACAGUCAAAACGACCCCC